UUUUUUUUUUCUUUUUCACUUGUAACGUUUGUAGCUUUCUUCAACUAAGGUAUAUAUUAAAAUUGAACUAAUAAUAGUUGAAACUAUUCUCUAUCAAUUGAAGGUUAUCUAUAUUUCUAUUUCUUAUUCUUUAGGGUGUAGUCAAAUCUUAAUUAUGAUUGAGCUGUGCUACUAUUGUUUGGUUGUAUUGUAAAGUUAAAAACUUCAAAAUUUUCUCACAGUUUUUAAUUUCUUCAAUCUUUUUCCAUGUUCAAGACACUACAAUUGAAGUUUAAUUCUUUUUAAUAAAACUUCACAUUCAGCUUUAUCUAAAUAUGAAAAUAUAACUAUUGCUAUGACGGCAAAUUUUAGAUAAAACUCUCGCUGAUCAAGGGAAUGAUGGUGAAACCUUUAGUUUUUAGUUACACUAUGCAAUCUUAUAUCCCAAGGCAAAUUGAAGAGGAAGAUUCAGACCUAUGCCUUGGGAGAUUUUAAGUUAAGAGGAGGCGACUAGGGGAGGUUUCAAUAUUUCUCAUAAGUCGAGUAACUCAAACAUAUGUUAGCACAUGCAAAGGAAGCAAAUAGCAUGGUUGUCAAAUUAUUAAUUCCUCAUGAUGAAAUAUGGGUAUAGGAAAUUUUUUUCCCUUUUUUCCUGGGUUAAUGAGCAUGGAAGCUUAAUCAUAGGAAAAGAUACAUCUCUUUGAAUCUUGAUGAGAUAAUUUUAGAAGAAAUAAUGUUGGCUGUUUAAUAGAUAUAAAGUAUAAAUUCUGUGUUUGUAUUUAUUGACAGAAUUAUAUGCUUUUGGUGUGGUUCAUUUCUCUAUUUAAUUAUCUGAAUGUCGCAUAUUAACUUGACAUAUCUUGGUUGAUCAUUAUGUUUUCGAAGUAAAUGUUUAUAGGUUUGCAAAUUCCAGAAAUGCUAACAAGGUUGCACAUUGGAUUGUCGAGCACCAAAAAUGAAUCUUUGUUCAGAUGAUUAUGUUUGUAAUCCACCUUUGUAGUGAUUGUUAUAUAUGCAUUGGAAUUGUUAACUCAACUACUCAAAUAGCCUUAAUGCAUAUGAGUUAAAUGAUUAUAUUGUCUUUGCUCAUGAUUAGAUUAACUUGAUUAUAAUCUUUGAAGUGCUUAAAGGAGCAAAAAGACUCCUGAGUUAAAUGAAAAACAAAACAAAUCCACAGCGAAGUGCAGGACAUAACUCUUGUAUACUUUAAAAGAUUGGCGGUGACUUUAACUUACUGAAGAAAAAAAAAAUCCUAUCAACAGCAAUGUUGCCAAGACAAGCUCAAACCAUAAAGAAGCUGUGGGAAUUUGCUACCCAAAACUCUUCUACAUUCUCAAUUGUUGGAAAUAAAUUGAAGCAUCAAUGUGGCUCCUACUCUACUGGACAGACUUGCAGAGAGCUUCCAAGGAAGCUCAAGAAAGCAGAGCGGAAACCAUGGGUGACAAAUAUUAAUGAACUGAAGCGUAUUGCUAGAACAGAAAGGAAAGAAAGACAAAUGGUGCGGGAAAGGAUUCUACAACCUCCUGAAAAUGGUUUAUUGGUUAAGGAACUGAUUCCAGUUGCUCAUCAAGUUUAUGAUGCCCGAACCAAACUACUCGCUUGUGUUUUGAAGGUUGCUGAGGGUAUUGCCAUAUAUUCAUGCAGUGUGUGUGGAGAAGUUCACAUUGGCAAUCCACCACAUAAGAUCAGAACAUGCAAUGUUAUGGGUAGCGCAGCUAGCAAAGAGCACAGUUGGAAAAGAGGUGCUGUUGAACACAUCUUGCCUCUUGUUGAAUCUUUUCAUCUCUAUGACAGGCUAGGAAGAGCUGUUUCUCAUAAUGAACGGCUCCAAGUGGAUCGAAUUCCAGCAAUUCUGGAAUUGUGUGUCCAAGCAGGCAUCAACUUCUCUGAGUAUCCUACUAGGAGAAGAGUCUUUCCUGCUUACAGUAUUUCUGGUAGGAUAAUAGACUUUGAGAGGAGAUUCCCCAAAGAAGAUGCACCUGGCAAAGACAUUAAUUCAUGUGGGUUUUGGCAGAAGAGAAACAAGACUAGUGGUGAUAGCAAGUUUGUAGACCUGCAACCUGGUGAUCUACAAGGUAUUGCGGUCUGUGGGAUGGAGGCAUGGAAGAGAAUGCACUCAGGAGCCUCUAGGCUUAUGCAAAAAUAUGCUGUCCAAACUUGUGGAUACUGUUUAGAGGUCCAGGUGGGGCCUAAAGGUCACAGGGUACGGAAUUGUCAAGCUUACAAGCAGCAGAUGAGGGAUGGGCAGCAUGCAUGGCAGGAGGCAACAAUUGAUGAUGUAAUUCCUCCUGUGUAUGUGUGGCACAUACAAAAUCAUCAAAGUGGGAAACCUCUAGUAAAUGAGUUGAAGAGGUACUAUGGAAUGUUGCCUGCAGUGGUGGAGCUGUUUGCACAGGCGGGUGCCAGCGUGCCUGAUGAUUACGCUGGUAUGAUGAGGGAAGAUGUUGCAGUGCCUGAAUUGGAUGAAGAAAUGUUGGUUGUUUAAGCAUUGCAUUGAAUCUGCAUACAUGCUGUGGGAUAACUGAAGGUUUCUGGAGCAACUAUGCCUUGACAAAGAAAGAUCUUUCUUGGGGAUCAUAUUUAGAAUUGGUAUAUGUGUGGGAAAGACUAUAUCUGGUGGUUGCAAAGAGAUGAUAAAAAGUUCCUGCUUCUUCAAGUUUGUCACAGAGUUUUCUUAUAACAGUGAUCAGCUAACGAGUGGGAAGGAAACUCAUUGUACUUUUGAGAGUGUUCUUACAGGCUCUUUAUUCUUGCUCCAUGGGAAGAGUGGAAACAAUGCAGCAAGAGAAAAAAAUGUGACUCGGGAAUUUCUAUCAUCAAAUCAUUGAUUGAAAAGAGAUGCUGUUCCACUUGCCGUGAGAGAAGUAAACUUCCGCAGCUUAGCAAUUACAAACAGCACAUCAUACAUCGAAGAUCUGACCUAGUCUGAACAUGGCAUUAAUAUGAGAUUCCUUGUAGAAAUUAAACUGUGAUUCUGUUUGAAUGAUCAACUUCAAUCAGCACUCUUAGCUAAACAUUCCAUUUGGAAUAAGAAAGCACCAUUCAGUUGAUUAUUGUAAGAUGAAAGAUAGCAUAUUUGUAUAUCCUUUUAACUAUUAUGGUUUCAUAUCAACCAUUAUCGUCCCUUGAAAUGGUCAAUUGGUAUCGACAAUUAUUCCCACUGAUUGAGGGGAAUUUUUGUUUUUUUCUC